AUUUGCUUUAUAUGAGCAGUACAACACACAUCUCAAUAAUUACUAGUCUUCUUCUUCAUACGUUUGCAUUUCCUUCCCUUUUCUGGGUUUUCAUUUGAUUUUCAGAUCUACAACCUCCAUUUCCAUGGCUUCAAAGCUAUGAGCUAAUCUAAAUUUUCUGUUUUUGCUUCAGUGGUAGCGUCUAUUAUGCUUUGAACAAAAAAUUUAGAGGGUAGACAACGUUCACUUUCACCAUCUUUCUCUUUCCCUGAAAUUCGACCAUCUUUUCCUUUUUUUGCAAUGGAUGUCUUACACACUGAUCUGUUUACUGCUCCUAUAGAUCUCCUUCAAAUUGUGAUCGAACACAUAUCAUCUGUCUCCUCCCCAGAUGGACAUAGAAUUGAUUUGUUACGUCUGCUUCAAUCUUUACGAGACAGCAGAGACUAUGAAAAUAUUGAAGGAAUCAGAAAUUUUUUCCGAGAAUUUGUGUCGCUUCAGCAAGAGCUUAAGGUGUCCUUUACAGUUCCUAACCGGCAAAUCUUGUCCAAUUUAACUCCUACUCCCAAUUCUAAUGAAGUUGUUGCGGCCUUCAUCAACUUUCUCCUCCUAAUGGUCCAAGUCAUCCUACAUUUUAAGGAAGAUUGGAUUGCUCGUGUAAAGGGUUCGUUCCAAAAUCUCCGGACAGAGCUUGGAUUUCUUAUCAGCUUUCUUGGGGAUACAACAAUGCAUUUGCAGCCCACCAAGACUCUAUUGAUAGAUGUUGAAGAAGUGGUCAACGGGGUAGGAAGUUUCUUGUCUUCCUUCUUUUUGACCAUUGUUGUAUUUAUUCUGAUCAAUAAAGUGAAAAAAGCCCAUACUAGAAUGCCGGAUUUGGGAGUUGUGGUUAAUGAGGUAAGAAGUCUCAUUCUUGAGGAUAUACCAUUGCUAACCACUAAGUUGAAAGCAACGAUAGAUAUUAAAGACCUGCUCCGUGAGAUAGGAAGUUUAUUAGAUUUCUUCAUUUUCACAAAGAAUGAUCAAGUUGUGGAGACAGGAAUCUUGGAUCUUGCUCUUUCUGAUUUGUUAGCAAAUUUUGAGACCUUGAAAACAAAGAUCAAGGAGCACUGCAUCGCAGUCUCAAAGAUGCCAAGUGAUAUGGCUCCAAAGACUGGUGUGGUUUCACUCUUCAUUGUUGAUUCCGUCCUCGACGAUCUCAUGGAUCUGAUAAAUAACAAGUCUGACUCAAUUGUUGUUGUGAAUGAUCAAAUUGUAACGCUCCACGAGGAGCUAAUGUUAUUGGGAUCAUCCAUCACAGAUAUAGCAUUGCAGCACGAAGCAGAACAUGAAGAACUUGUGAUACGGAGCAGAGACAUAGCAUAUGAAAUUGAAUAUGUUAUCAACUCAUUACCUCAUGUUUGGUAUCUUUCUCUCCGACUCCCUCAACUCAUUGUCAAGAUUCGGCUUAUUAUGAUAGCUGUCAAAGAAACGAAGAACAAUGUUGAUGUAGUUAGAAUGUCAAUUGUUUCAAAACAUCCGCAUGAGCUGGUAGAGUCAGAGUCAAAAGAACCUCCCAUUUUGGAAGACGUUGUUGUGGGAUUUGACAAUGUACAAACUGAAAUUGUAGAACAACUUGUUCGAGGAACAGACAAGCGACAAAUUAUUUCCAUCUUUGGGAUGCCUGGACUUGGUAAGACGACCUUGGCAACUAAAUUAUAUAAUCAUCACCAUGUUUUAUACCGUUUUCACAAUCGUGCCUGGUGUACUGUUUCUCAAAUAUAUAAUAAGAAAAAUGUGUUGAUUGAAAUUUUGAGCUCAAUGAGUAACAGUAAGGGGGAUACAUACAUGGAAGAGGAGGAAGAAAGCUUGGUUGAAGAUCUUUACAAAAACUUAAAAGGAAGGCGAUACCCCUUUAGUAACAGUAAGAGGGAUACAUACAUGGAAAAGAAGGAAGAAAACUUGGUUGAAGAUCUUUACAAAAACUUAAAAGGAAGGCGAUACCUCAUUGUGGUAGAUGAUAUAUGGGAUAUCGAUGUGUGGAAUGAUUUGAAAAGAUGUUUUCCAGAUGACAGUAUUGGAAGCAGAAUCUUAUUCACUACUCGAAUUAAAGAAGUGGGUUCGAAAGCUUCACCUUGUAGUGUAAAGGAACUUCCUUUUCUGUCGGAAGUUGAAUGUUGGGGAAUAUUACAAAAGAGAGUGUUCCAAGAUGAAAACUGUCCUCAAAAAUUGCUAGACAUUGGCAAGCAAAUUGCAAAAAACUGUCAUGGCCUACCACUUGCAGUGGUCGUGAUAGCUGGAAUUCUUGCAAACAUGGAAAAGAAAAAGCAGUUGUGGGAAAAUGUUGCAAGAAAUUUAAGUUCAUAUAUAUCCGAAAUAUCAGAGAAGUGCAUCCAAAUAUUGCAACUUAGCUACAACCAUUUACCAUUGCAUUUGAAACCAUGUUUUCUUCACUUCGGAGCAUUCAGAGAAGACAUGGAGAUCCCUGUACGGAGGUUGAUAUCUUUCUGGGUUGCCGAAGGAUUUAUAAAGAAGGAAGAACAUAAGAACAUAGAAGAUGUGGCACGAGAAUAUCUAAUGGAACUGAUUGAUAGGGGCCUAGUACUUGUUGCUGAAAGAAGAUAUGAUGGAGGAGUCAAAACAUGCAAGAUUCAUGAUCUAUUGCGUGAAAUGUGCUUGAAAAUAGCUGAAGAAAAUAACUUUUUGAAGUUUAUCGAACACUAUGAUGAUGAUGAACAAUGGUUCUUCAGUCAAGUAUCAACAUAUCAGCAGCACCAUUGUCUGAGUAUCAGCUCUGGGAAAUUUGCUGAUAGUCCACUACCUUUCGGCCUACACGUACGCUCUCUUCUAUGUGAGUCUUUUAUUACGAAGUUUACCAAAUUAAUCUCAUGCGGCUACAAAGUUCUUAGGGUCUUUAGAGGAAAUAUACAAUAUGGAUUAGAACAUCUGGUUCAGUUGAGGUAUUUGGAAGUUUCACCUAAACUGCCACCAUUGGAAAGGUACCCUUUCCACAAACUAGAAUUUCUUGUUGUGAACAAUGAUGAUGAAGUUGAAAUACCUGAAAUCCUUCUUAAUAUGGUGAGUUUGAGACACAUGCAGUUCUGGGGCGGUGCACACUUCAGUAAAUCUAGCCGUCAGCCAGCAAGUAACAGUAAGAGCUUCCAAAUAAAUAACCUACAAAGUAUUUCUGGACUCAGAAUUUUAGAUGAAAUCGAUGAGAAAAUUUUGAGAUGUUCGCCCAAUCUUCGCAGACUGGAUAGCUGGAUUGGAAAUGGUUCCUUCGACUUCCUUAAUCAGCUUGAAUCACUGAAGCUAGAUAAAGUAUUUCAUUUUUCUCCCAGUCUGAUCAGUUUGCCCUUGAGUUUGAAAAAAUUGAGACUAAGUUUUGUGGAAGCCUCUCGAAAGCAAAUGGAGAUAAUUGGAAGAUUGCCUUACCUUGAGGUUCUCAAAUUAGAACAUGUUGACUUUGGCGGAGAACAAUGGAACACAAGUGAAGAUGAAUUCCCACAACUUAAAUACUUGAAACUUGUAGAUGUAAAAAUUGCAGAAUGGAAUGCCUCAAGUGAGAAUUUUCCGAGACUUGAACGAGUAGUAUUGGAAUAUUGCAGGAAUCUGAAGACGAUCCCUUCCAGUUUAGGUGAUAUUUUAACGUUACAGAAGAUUGAAGUAUAUGAGUGUGCACAAACUAACAUUGAAUCAGCUAAGAAAAUUCAGGAAGAACAAAAAGAGAUGGGCAAUUUGUUUGAUGUCAUAAUCUCGGGAACAUUUGGUGAUACAUUUAGCCAAGGCAUCUGCAGCGCGGCGGACGAUUUGAAACGGGGAAGAAAUUCAGAAGGAUCUUCCUCUUUCUGGUCACAAUUUCCGGGCUCAGUUAACCAUUAAACAUCGAAUUCAACAUCAAUUGGAAUCACCAAGAACCGCCGGCGCCUCUUCCUUCUAUGGUUGCUUUCCUCCUUUACUUUGUUGAUUUAAUCCACACACUUAGGAUGGAUACCACUCAGGUAAGGUUCACAAAGACUCAAGCAAUUGGGGUGGAGAAGAAAUCAUGAAGGAGAUGAAGGCAGAAGAACUCGGCUGGACACGGCAGUUCCUCUAAGUCACGGCUUCAACUUGGACGGGUUCAACUAAUGGACGGUUUCAACAAGGAUGAAAACACCAAUAUAUAUAGUAAGUCAAGUGGCCAACAUAAGGUAAGUCGGGAUAUGGUAAGUAGGGAUAUGGUAAGUAGGCUCGACAAGGGUUAACUUCCAAUGGAAAGAAUCAACAAGCCACAAAGAGUAUUAGCCGUCCAAUAGCACGUGUCCGAGCCACGGGGACAUCUCGGAGAUGAAGAAGAACUGAAGGCUGUCGGAAGAACUGAAAAUCAGAGACAGGAAGAAGAUGUUGAGGAAGAAGUUCCGAGGUGAAGAAGAACUAAAGGCGUGUCGGAAGAAGGCUUGAAGAUCAACAACAGGGAAGAAGAUGUUGAGGAAGAAAACUCUUUUUUUGGGGGAAGAAGUGAAGAGACGUGUGUGGCAUUAUUCCCAAAAAGUUUACUUUCAAUUCAAAUGUAUUGGGCCCCAUAACAUUAAUGACUUCUCCUACUAUCUAUUCGAUUGAUUUUUCUUCGAUUUUACCCUUUAACAAAAAUAAACCAUUGAUUUUGUAUAUUUGUAAUUUCAGCUAAACCUCAAGGACAAAAAUGGGAUUUUCUGAAAUGGUCCCAAGUCACAAUUAAUUGGACUGCCA